AUGGAGUCUUCAUCCGAGUUUACGGAAAUAAGGGAAGGGAAAGCAAAAAUUCGGGUCCCUAGCUCUAGCAAAGUGUUUUAUAAUCCUGUGCAAGAGUUCAAUAGAGAUUUAAGCAUUGCUGUUCUAUCAGUAUUUUCUGAAAUCCAUCACAGUGAAAAACAAAAAACUAGAAAAAGACAAAGAUCCCCCAAUGAGAAUAACACAAUAGAAAUUGAACCUGUGAAACUAGAAAUUGGAACACAAACUGAAUCAGGCUUAGAAAUAUUAGAAGCAUUAGCGGCAACUGGUUUACGAGCUAUUAGAUAUGCUCUUGAAGUUCCAGGAGUUAAACAAAUAUAUGCUAACGAUAUAUCAAAAACAGCCGUACAAAUAAUGAAUCAAAAUAUUGAAGAAAAUAAUGUUAAAAAUUUAGUUACAUCUACUCUUUAUGAUGCUGCACAUGUUAUGAGAAAAAGGCAAUUUGAAUCUGAAACUAAAUUUGAUGUUGUUGAUUUAGAUCCUUAUGGAUGCCCAACAAAUUUAUUAGAUCCAGCUAUAUGUAGCCUUGCUGACAAUGGAUUGUUGUUAGUUACUUGCACUGAUAUGGCUGUCUUAGCUGGUAAUACACCAGAAUCAUGUUAUGCAAAAUAUGGUUCAAUAUCAUUAAGAUCUCCAGCUUGUCAUGAAAUGGCAUUAAGAAUUGUUUUGCAUACAAUUACAAAUGUGUGCACUCGAUAUGGUCGUUAUAUGGAGCCAUUAUUAUCAAUAAGUGCUGAUUUUUAUAUAAGGGUAUUUGUAGUCAUACGUACUAGUCCUUUUAUGUGUAAAUCGAUGUCUAGCAAAAUGUCAACAGUGUAUAAGUGUAGAGGAUGUAAUAUGACAACUUUAUUGCCAUUGGGUUCUGCUAAAUCAGAUUCAAAAAAUAUGAAAUUUAAUCUUUUGUCUGGUCCACCAGUUGACAAAAAAUGUGAACAUUGUGGAUUUCCUCAUUUGGUGGGAGGACCUAUAUGGACAGGUCCUUUGUACAACACUGAAUUCCUCAGUAAAUUGUGCAAUUACAUAAAAACUGAAGAAGCUGAAAAAAAAUUUAAGACUGUUAGGCGAAUGAGAGGAAUGCUGGGUAUGAUGCAAGAAGAAUUACAGGAUAUUCCGCUGUACUAUACAGUACCAUCACUUACCAACACUGUUCAUUGUGAAGCAAUGCCAUUGAGAUACUUUUUUUCUGCAUUAGUGGGUGCUGGAUACCGAGUGUCUUCAUCCCAUUGUGCACAAAAUAGUGUUAAAACUGACGCACCUCAAUCAGUUGUUUGGGAUGUCAUCAGAACUUGGGUUCAAACACAUCCAGUAUCUGAAAAACGAUUACAAGACUCUGUUGCAGCUAGAACAAUUUUGUCUAAACAAUCUACAACUGAAAUAAUUUUUGAUAAAAAAUAUAAUACUAUACCAAAAUCAUUGCAGGGAUUAGUACGUUAUCAACAGAACCCUGCACCAUACUGGGGACCAGGAACUAAAGGCAAUUCAAAACAGAAAGUUAUCUUAAGUGCUACAGAAGUUGAAUGUGAAACGGAUAUCAAAUGUUCUGAGUAG